GUCCGCACAUAGGCUUCCUGUAGUCGAAAGUCAAAUAGCUAACGGCUAACGGCUAGUUGCGUGCGGGAAAGAAAGUCAUCAUCGUGACGUUCACCAGGUAAAAAGAACGGAACCACCGCCUUCUUUUGAUGGUUCCGACCGCCUGAAGACGUCCGACGAAGUUGUUGGCUCUUUCGAUCCGUCUCCAUGGCGACGGAAGACUUUUACGAGGUGGAGAAGAUCGUGGAUAAGAGGAAGAGCAAAAAGGGGAGGGUGGAGUACCUGGUCAGGUGGAGAGGUUAUGGCUCUGAGGGUGACACCUGGGAACCUGAGAGUCACCUGUCCACUUGCAUGGUGUACGUGCACGAAUUUAAUCGCCAGCAGGUACAGCGCCAGAGAGACACCACCUUGUUGCGCUCCACCCGCAGCUACCUUUGCGGCUCGGCCUCCAGACCCCACUGCGGCCCACCCCCAGACCCCAGCCAACCUCUGACCACGGGCCCGAAUAAAACCUCAGAGGGUCGGUCCUCCACUUUACUAAACAACCUGUCACACUCGUCGGUGAGUCCGAUGUCAGCACAUCUGGUCGGUCCCGCCCGGCGCAGCCUGGACUUCUUCAAAAGCGGGAUUAAGAUCCUGGUCCCCAAGAGUCCCAUGAAUAGCCACUUGGACUCCGAGGACUCCCCCAGCGAGGCGGCACACAGUCUGGACGUUGGAGCCCGUGACGCCCAUACUGUCGCCCCAGAGGUCGCCCUCCAGCAACCGACCGGGAUUCAGCUGGGCCCGGGGGAGGAGCGUGCUCGCAUGGGGAUCAGGUCACGCUGCCAAAACACCCAGGCCACGCCGCGCUUGCCCAUCACGCCUGGCGCCAUGUGCUCCCUUAGUGGGACAGGCGCCUCGGGAAUGAUGGAGGCCCUUACCGCUGGCAGGAUGUCUGGGCCGCAGAGCUCGGUUACCGUGGUGACGGGCGCGACAGCAAAGCGCCGUCUGGAGGAGCGCUGCGCUUUUGACAAGCGUUUGCGCUUCAGUGUGCGGCAGACCGAGAGUGCCUACCGCUACCGCGACAUCGUGGUGAAGAAACAAGAUGGCUUCACGCACAUCAUGUUGUCCACCAAGAGCUCAGAGAACAACGCCCUCAACCCUGAGGUGAUGAAGGAGAUCCAGAGCGCAAUGGCGACGGCGGCAUCAGACGACAGCAAGCUGGUGUUGUUGGGUGCCAUCGGCAGCGUCUUCUGCUGCGGCCUCGACUUCCUGCGCUUCAUCAAAUGUUUGACGGAAGACAGGAAGAAGGAGAGCAUCAAAAUGGCUGAAAUCAUCAGGACAUUCGUCAACACUUUUAUCCAGUUCAGGAAGCCCAUCGUAGCUGCCGUUAACGGGCCGGCUGUCGGCCUGGGUGCUGCCAUUUUGCCACUCUGUGACGUGGUCUGGGCCAACGAGAAGGCCUGGUUCCAGACGCCGUACACGUCUUACGGACAGACCCCCGACGCCUGCUCCUCCUUCACCUUCCCCCGCAUCAUGGGCCCGCCCUCGGCUAACGAGCUGCUUCUAAGUGGCAGGAAGUUGACGGCUCAGGAGGCGUGUUCUAAAGGAUUGGUGUCGCAGGUUCUGUGGACGGGAACCUUCACACAGGAAGUGAUGUUGAGAAUCAAAGAGCUGGUAGCAGUCGACUCUCUUGUUUUGCGUGAGUCCAAAGCCCUGGUGAGGAACACCAGCCGCAGUGCUCUUGAGCAAACCAACGAGCGCGAGUGCGAGGCCUUGAAGAGAAUUUGGGGCUCGUCGCAGGGAACCGACGCCAUUUUAAAGCACCUGCAGAAAAAGUCGGAGCUCUACUAGGACUCUUUUUAGGAGCAGAACUUGAUUGUAGGAGAACAAACUGCAGUAUGUGAUAAGAGCUAAGAUAGCUCAUUAGUUCACCUGAGUUUCCUCCAGCCCCGCAUGAAGGUCCUUAGAACUGGGUAGAAAUGACGGAAACUGCUGGCCAAUUGACUUUUGGGCGUGCUCCUGUCCUGUUUCAGACCCGGGCUAUGCUAGACUCACAUGGAUGCCAUAUCAUUGUGCCUUUUACUGAGAGUGAACUGUAACCUUUUGCCCUAAUCUCCUCUAACCUUAACAAGAAAUGAUGUUUUCAUCUUUUCUGAAAGUGAGUGCAGCUGGGAUAGGCUCCAGCAACCCCUCCCCCACCGCGAGAGGGACAAGGGGUAGAAAAUGGAUGGGUGGAUAAAAGACAUGAAGUGACGUCGACCCCUACCGUUAAGAAAAACACCAACUUGUUCUCAAGUUUUAAAUUAUGAUGAAAACUAUAUGAACCACCAGAUUAAAUAUGUUGGAAAGUCUCAGCCAUUUUCUAACUUUUUCAAAUGUAAAAUGUUUGCAGCAGUUUUUGGUCAUCAAAUAGAUGUCUAUAUUAGUGCCGUCAAACGAUUACAUUUUGUACUCAAGAUUUAUGUGGAUUUGGAUCAAUUACAAUUAAAUAUUUUAAUGUAAAUUAAUGGAUUUUGCAUUAACAAAGAGUGAAGAAACAAAGGACUAUUUAUUCACUUGACAUGUUUAUUAAACACCUUUAACAUAGCAAA